AUGAAUCGAUUCAAGACCAAGAAGAAGACCAAGGACGAGAUGCCCAGCCGUCCUUCGCAAGACUCUGACUCGUUCGGCUUCAGGUUCAGAAAAGGGAAGAAGAAUCAGGAGGAGCAAAAAGCUGAGAUCGAUUUGGCCACCGCCCUGCCACCCACAGAUGAUUUCCGGACCAGUCUUCUCAUGUCUGGCCUAUCGGCACGAUUUUCCAUGCUGCGAGAACAGGACGACCCGAACACCAAGAUUGGCAAGGCUAGCGACGACAGUGUGCUAUUUCCCAAAAGACAAUCCCGAAUGGCGGACUUGGGUGGUUACAAUGGUCUCUCGGAUAUAGCCGAAGUGGAAUCCAUCAAGAGUCCUUUUGCUCGGAUCGACUCGUACGCCGCCUCAGACGCUGACUCGAUAAAUGGCAGCAUCAUGAAUAGAUCAAAACCAAUCGAGGGUAAUGUCCUGUUUGGCGGAAGACAGAAGAUCUACAAGAUUGCCGCCGGAGCUACCUCGACGAGGACUGUCGAGGGGGCCAUGAGCGGAAGAGCCCUAUAUGAUGACGACGUGGCUCUUUCGGCUUUUCAGAAGUGGAGAAAAGAAGAGAAGGAGCUCAAAUCUUUGGAAGGUGAGGAUAAUGGGUCACGGCGGCCUUCGACCGAAGACCAGGACACACGCCCCGAAUCUCCCUUCUCCAAUGACUACAACCGGAAGCGGGAAACAACAUCCACGACUUCAUCGAUCCCUUCAUUGGCGCGUAAUUCGACAGCAGCAACCUCUGUGACAUCACAACAGCCUGCUUCUGUCAAAGACUGGCAGGCGGCCUCCGGAACUGCCUCAGCAAGUGCCACAUCUACUCCUCCGGUCGAGCGGAGCACCACCAGGACCCGUCGGCUAUACGAGACUGGUCUUAACAAUGACCUCCAUGAACAACAGUCUUCAGCCUUGUCACGCAUUGAUACAUUAACCAGACGCCGCGAUCUGGGCUCUCGGACCCCUGAUCCGUCGCAGACGCCAUCUCCGACUGCUAUUGGCUUCAUGGAUCGCUUUGGAGACAGACGCAUUCUCGCCAAGGCAAGCGCUCCAAACCUACGGUCCAUGAGUCCUGCCUCCCGUUCGUCUGCAGGUACCCCUGAUCUGGGCAUUCGUGUCCCCACUGUCGCUGAGGCUAAGCCUAGCUACGUCGGCACGCCACCGUUGAGCCCCCCGAUCAGCGAAGCCGAUGAACUGUCUGCUUUGCCCAUUCAGCCAAAUGAUCGAGGCAAGGCUACUGCACUCGGGGUUUUUGCUAAGCCGGCACAGCCAUACGAUGAAUCAAGAUUCGCUGAGCGGCAGUUGCAACUACAACAGGGUCGAGAAACACCCACACAGAGGUUUCGUGCCGAGUCGGGCGCUUCUUUCACUGGUCGAUCCAGAUCCUCGUCUUCAGCAAACCGCCAGCCGUAUGAGCCAAAAACUGAGACGUUCCGAGCACAAUCUCCAUUGCAAGAAGAAGAGAUGAGGCCACAGACCUUCUUCAGCGAGCAUGACGAAGAUGCAGACGAAUCGCCCGUCAUUCCGUCGCAGCCAACUCUCGAACCACUACCGUCUAGAAGUCAGCGCCCCGCUGAUAGUGAGCACCCAGCAUUUCGGAGCGCUACGCUCCCCACUCCGCUGUCAAUGGCAUCCAAACCCAGUGGCGAACCAUCGCCGACAGUGGAACUUGAAUAUGCUUUGCCUUCACAGGAAAAGCCGUCUCCGCCGGACUCGCCCACGCUCGGGCCCGCUGUAUCAGCAGCUGCUGGACUCAGCGGCAUGGUCCGACAGCAUUUGAGAGCUGACAGCGGUGCCUCCUCCAUUUACGGCGGCACCACACACCACCUCGAUUCGAAUCUCAAAACUAGCUUUCCCACGCAGCCAGAAGAAUACUCGUCGCCAUCAAACCAUUGGGAACAAGAAGAAUCCAGCAGUGUAUGGUCUCCCCCCCACCACGGACCCGAAUCUGUUCGGAUUCUGGAUGGGCAAUCAAGUGUCCGGGCCAAUAAUGCCGGACAGUUCGAAGACCAACCAGAUCCAGUCUACUGGCAAGAUGGUCGUGAGAGUGAUGAGUUUGCAAGUCAGCUAGCCGAUGGCGCACGAAGAAUCAGGGAAAGGCUCACUACCUAUGUCGAGUCUGAUAGCCGGCCAAGCUCGCCACAUGCUGCCCAAGAGAGCAGAGAAAUGCCGACUUCAUCACGAUCAAACACGUUGGGAAUAUUGCAGGCGAAGUCAAGCCGCGGCUCCCUCGCUGAUCGAAGCCGUGACCCUGCCGCCCACUCAAAAGCCAUGAAGAUGCUCGGCAUUUCAGAUUCUGGUCCUUCUGUUCUACAGAGGAAAGCUUCAUUCGAACGUCCAGAAGUCUUGAACGCUACUCAUGCAGGGGACAGACAUCCGCAGCCUGUUUCCACUGCUUUCGGAGGGGCCGCAGAGACAAAUACUAAUGACAAUCCCCCAGAGGAACAGAACAACGGGAUUCGGGCAUUUCGACAAGCCAGGCGCGAGCUUCAGAAGCUCAGAGAGCUGGAAACUCAGCAGAGGCAUCAUGCACAACCUCAAACAUCACUUCCAGAGCCCCCAGCGCCUCGUGCCCCGCCCCCAAGGAAUGUCGAACAACGCCAACGUUCCGACAGCAGGGAGCGAAGACCGCCUCCGGUAGCAUAUCGCACCCGCGCUCCUAGUGAGGACUCGCAUACGACGAACUCGAGAUCUGCUUCACAGGAGCCAUCGCGUGGCGACCGUGACCGAAGUGGCUCGAAUUCGAGUGGUGGUGAGCGGCCACACAGCCGGUCUCAUGUUCGACCUCCAAUGCGUCUCAGGAGCGGUUCUUCAGCUCCAAACGAUCGCAAUCUGGGUCCUCAGGGUAUUACUAGCUCCAUGACUCGCUCACCUGGCCUCCCGGGGACGAAUAUUCGCCGCUCGCCCAUCAUGCCGCCUCAGGGAUAUCCGGGAGGUCAAACAGCAAGAGCGAAUCAAGGCUAUUUUUCUCCCAAUGGAAACCUCAACGUACAGCCCUCUCACGGGUUUGAAUCGAAUCAGCCUUCUCCCAUUUCUCCUAUCCCGUCGCCUUUGGCACACUCGGCACCUGCAACACCGGGCGGUCUUGCCUCGCCUCAGCGGCCGCCACUAGCACCGACGCCUCAUGUCAAUUCUGACGGUUCAGAGGUGCCGGGCCUGAACGAAGCAAUGAAGCGACCAGUGAAGAAGCGAGAUAUAUCUGAGCCGACGUUUGUCAUGUCCACCUCUCGGGUUCCAACCGUUGAACUGCCUCCCGAGGCUGCCACCAACCGGUCGCGCAGCAACAGCAGGUCUCGUUCGAACAGCAAAGCGGAUUCGUACGCUGCGCCGCCGUUGCCUCCCAUCAAUCCAAGACGACGCCAGGACACUUUGAAAUCACGCACCGUCUUCGGCAACCUAACAGGACGUAGUGGCGAGACCAGUGACACGGCAAAUUUGGGUCGUAGCAGCACCAUGCCAAUGCCCAUGAUGGGUAGUGAGGACAAUCGCGGCGCAUAUGAUGCAAACAACGAGGAGUACAGGCCAGAGCGCCGACCUCUCCGAAAGAUGCCUGAUGAUGUCCAGCCGGUUGGUCCAAUGAUGCGGGCGCCCAAUAACAACAAUGCCCCGGCUUACGGCCCUCCAGCUUCCAGAAUGGUUGUCACUCAGAACAGUGGUAGCCGCGGCAUGGGCGUCCCGGGCGGCAUGAUUUGA